CAUAUUAAGGAAACCAUAUCAGUAAGCAAUGUGGCCCUCAUAGGUGGAGGUUCUCUCCUCGCUAACUGUCCCCAUGUAUCCUAUGACACUGCCGUCUCUGCACGUGAGCUAACAGAACGUAGCUGUGACGGCGAGUAACGGUGCAAUCAAACAGCUCCUGGUUUCCGCCUGCGGGGUCCGUUAGCGGUCCCUCGCCCGCAGUUUGAGAACCACUGUCCCGGGCUGGGCGACCUCUGCUCUCCGGCUCUCUGCCUCCGACUCCGCCUCCCUCAGCACCAACGCACGGAGCGACCGUCUCCCCUGCCUGCCUGCCUUCAGCCACCCCGGAGCCCCUUCCCAGCUCCAGCCUGUGCGCCCUCCCCCUCCCCGAACCGGACUACUUAUGUCCCGACGCGAACCGGCCACUCUCACGCCAAACGCGCUCCUCCUAUUGCCGGAAGAUAAAAAAAAACAAAAAGAGAGCGCGAGAGCGAAAGAGAGAGAGAAGAACAAUUAAGAAGUAACGACGACAGGCAGGACCAGCGGGGCUGUGUCGGAUAAGUUUUGCUUCUUCUUUGCCCCCAGUUUUCGGCCCCGUGGCGGGGCAGGACAGCAAGGGCAGGCCGUGGGGGGGGGAGUAGACCGUAGGAUGUGGAUCUGGUACCUUCUGUUUGGUUCGUGGUCAGGCUCAAGAACUGUUGAGAGCCAGCUUCUCCCUGGGAAUAACUUCACUACGGAGUGCAACAUCCCCGGAAACUUCAUGUGUGGCGAUGGGAAGUGUGUCCCAGGUGGGUGGCAGUGCGACGGAUUGCCCGACUGCUUUGACAACAGCGACGAGACAGGCUGUCCUAAGGUCAAGUCAAAGUGUGCCCCUACAUUCUUCGCCUGCAUUAAUGGUGUCCAUUGCAUCAUCGGACGCUUCCACUGCAACGGCUUCAGUGACUGUCCUGACGGAAGUGACGAGGAAAACUGCACAGGCAACCCAUUGGUGUGCUCGGAGGCUCGCUUCAAGUGUCGAAAUGGCCACUGUGUAGACCGCAGCUUCCUGUGUAACGGCCAGGACAACUGCCAGGACAACAGCGACGAAGAGCUCUGCCUAACUACAGCAGAAGCUCCGGGUCAGGACUUUGUGACGCUGGACUAUCGUCUGCGCUACUACCCCAGCAUCACCUAUGCUGUCAUUGGCAGCGCAGUCAUCUUUGUCCUGGUGGUGGCGUUGCUGGCCCUGGUACUCCACCACCAGAGGAAGCGGAGCGUCCUGCUGCCCAGAGGCGUAAGAGGAAGCUCGCAUCAUCAUCACCACCACCAGCCACUGCUGCUCUCCCGUCUGGUCAUUUUGGACCGGGGCCACGUCCAUCCUGGAGGUCCUGGUCUUUCCCCCGGCUCGCCCACCGCAGGGGGCCAGUACAGCUCAACUCCUCAAACACUGCAGCUGCUGUCUGGGACCCUUUAUCCCCCUGGACUCUCCAUGGACUCACCUCCAUCAUACUCACAAGCUGUUCUGGAUGUCAGUCGGCCUCCCUGGUUUGAUCUUCCUCCUCCUCCAUACCUCUCAGAUGGGGAGCUUCCAUCAGAGGGCGAGCUGCCUCAAUAUGAGGGCCCACAAAACCCUUUGAGCUACCCCAGAGCACAUCCCUCUGCACCCUCCACACCCAGAACUGUAGCCUUAGGCACGCAGCUGAGUUUGAGCUCCAGAGAGGAGUCGGACCAGCUGUAGCCUCUCUUGGUAGAACUAGCUAGAAAUCAGAGCCUGCAGGACUGAAGGACCAGGCUGCAGGGCCACAAGGCCACAAGGCCAGGGUAGCCCCCAGCCAGACCUGCUGAGGAAUCAACAAGGAUUAAGCAACUGUAUCCUAAAGGUGUCCUUACUCGCUGCCCACACAUGGGCUUCCUGAUGCACUGGACUGAGACCAGCUCCUCCUACUAGACUGAUCUUGUAUGUUGGCUCCGCCUGCUGGGCGCAUGGAGGCACUACAUCUAAAUCAGUUAAGCAUCCAUUCGGUACUUCACAUUUCACACCGACAGUGUUUUCCACAGUGGGAUUUAUAAUGGAUUUUUGUUGUGUUCAAUAAUAAAUAUCUAAAUUAUAGAUAAAUUCUGUACUGUUGAGGAGCACGGCUAAAUUUGAUGAUGUGCUGUACAUAGAAAAUGUAGCAAUGACAUGUUGAAGCCUUAUUCUUACUCUAGUUGAUUCACUUGUAAGAGUAAGUCCAAAUGAAGACGAUACAGUAGGGUUGUGUAAUUUCUAAUAGUUUCAAAGAAAACAUGCAGCUGUUUAAACAAGAGCAGCUCAAUAGCGGGUACUCAACCAUUUUAAUCUGUUUUUUUUCAGUGUUGAUGUGAACAGUGACUUGAUAAUAUGGCGACAGUUGACUUGUUAUAGUAAAACAAUAACAUGUUGUAACUUUUUUUUUUUCUUUUUUAAAUGCAAGAAAUAUUUCUAGUCAAGCAGUGGAGUAUUCUUUAGUAAAUAUUUUCAACAAUACUGUAUGUCUUGUUUUCAUUUGGUUAAAUUCAAGCUAAAAUGUGAAAAGGACCAUUGAGAUUUCUUGAAAUUAUAUAUAAAUUCAAGCAAAAAAUGUGAAAAGGACCAUUCAAAUGUAUUCAAAUUAUGUAGUGGAGUAGAAAAGAUAUACCAAGACCAACAUCAUUCCUCUGAGCAGAAAACCCCCUCUUUUCUAGUACUAACUAUUACAUUUCUGUUUAAAAACCAAUCAAGUGUGUAUGGAGACACAAAAAAGAAAUGUAAGUUAUGCAAGUUAUUUUCUUGAUGCCUUAUUGUGGGCCAGUUUGGUCACUUUGUAUGUGAUUUGUUUUUGGGCACAAAGAGAACCUCUAAAGACAACAGCCAUGUAAGAAUAUCAUCUCUUAGAUCAGAUUGUUCACAUUUUGUUUGAGAUUUAGUUUUAUGUAUAUAACUCAUAACGGUCAUUUUGUAAAAUCAUCUUCAGUAGUAUUAGACAAUGACCAUCAAAUCCAUAUCUGAAGGAUCUGUGUUUAUAUAUUUGAUAUUUGUCUUUUAACCUUUUUUCUCAUUCAUUUCAAAGUGUUCAACACUGUAAAUAGGAGUUAGGGCAAGUAAAGAAAUCUAUUUAAAAGUAGAGUAUAAAGUGAGACGUGUGUAAUGUAGUUGUGCUUUGGAUCUUUGUGUUGCUCCACAGCCAGAAGUAAUAAUGCACAAGAAAACAAUAAAACCAAAGAUAAUCAUUUUUAACCUUAGCCCAAGGAUAUUACACUACAAGGGAAUGAUUGUGUCAACAACUGUUUGUGCCUUUAUUAUAAUAAAAUGUACAACGUUGUAUUGAGUAAAAAAAUAAUUCAUAUUAUUUGCUGUAGAACUGGAAAGCAUUUCUCAGGACCCAAUGUUUGCCAGUCUGUCUGUUCUGUUGUUUGUAUCUUGGUUUUGUUUUAGGGAAUGUUGAAGAUCAAAUUCCCUUUUUUUCUGAUUUGAUAUUGAGUUGGCUUUCUACAUACUUAAUUGCCCAUCAUGUUUUUUAUUUUUAUUCCUUAUAUUCUGUAUAUUGAAAAUAAUAUAAAAUUCUGAAACGUC